GCAGAAUAAUAUAAAACUCGAUUCUCGUCGAUUUUUGCACACGGGCACCGAGUUUCUCAAUUACAACAGUGCAAAGACCUGUCAUGCGUAAGCCAUGCAUACAUUGCUCGAUGCAUCAUAUGUGGUCAUACGCGCCGUCAAUGUAACGAUAACUUUUCGAACGAGAAACGUAUUUGCUUGAUUCGAAGUAAUCGUUUCAUCAUGGGUAACUGUUGUGGAUUGGGUUACUCCAAAGAGGAAUCGUCAUCAUAUAGCGAGCGUGGAUACGUGCACCCCGAAGAUGCGGAUGUUAUGCGUAGAAAACUGGCAGAAGCAGCUGAGAAAAGAAUAGCCGAGCAGCAAUCACGGGGAUUGAAAGAUGCGGAAGCUGCCAAGAGACAUCAGCAGCGUGUAUCAGAAAUUGAAAGGAGAGAGCGAGAAGCUGCCAAGGCUGGAACUUCAGAACCUGCAUUAAAGUGGCAGGUAAACUAAA